CAUGACAAGGAUCGGUGAAGUUGUGAAUUGUUGUCAAUGCAGAAGCAAUAUCACCUGCCCGUGAGAGGAGGAAAGGAAAGGAAAGGGAUUGGGAUGCUGUGGACAUGUUUAACAUGCUUGGACCGGAGUGUUCCAUGAUAACAGAAGACAUGCAGGCAUGUAUGCAGCUGUCUACAUGCAUGAGUGUUUCUAGCAAUACUUGUUUUGUUAUGUAUCUUGGGAGGUCGCGUUGCCUAUCAGAUUGCACAGCAACAACACAAAUAAUAGGCCCAAAAGGGGAAAUGUGAGCAUUUUCGCUUAACAUCCCGCUUUCUUCUCUGGCACAAACACACACUACCCACCCUUACUUAUCUAUGACAUCGUCUGUUUGUUUGGCUUGAUAUCUGUUUUGUAUUAGUUGCGGAGGCUGUUUGUCGCCAUGGCGGCAGAAAAUGUGCCUCCAAUUGAGCUCCUGAACAUGCCCAAUGAGUUGUUGUACCAGAUCGCCGAGAACGUUGAGAGAGACUGUGACCUCAACUCAUUCCUGCAAACUUGCCGAGAACUCCAUGAACUCCUGAACCCGCAGCUGUACCGUCGUCACGCGAAAUCCAGCAACCACCCCGCCAUCUGGUGGGCUUUGGACAAGGGAAACGUCGAAACUGUAAAGCUCGCGCUCGACUAUGGCAGCAACGUGGACUAUGUUCGCCAGGUCAGCAUGUUCAUCAAGGAAAUUCUCUGUCAGGGAGGGAUCUUCCCCCGGGACAUGGAAUAUGCGCGGAGGAAUCUGGAAAGGCGCGGUCGGACCAUGGAAAUUAUCGGGUUGAUAUUUGAACACUGCGUGCGCGCCGAUGCCUAUGCGAACAAACAUAGACACACCACCAUCGAGAGCGCCGUGAUGGGUAACGACACUGACUCGGCUAAGGUUCUCCUCGAGAACGGUGAACGCAUUCCUGCGGUGGGGAGCGUCUAUGGGAACUUGGCGCAUACCCUGAUCCAGUGGCCGGGAGAACGCGUCAACCUCUCCAUGCUCGACCUGCUCUUCAAACAUGGCCUCCAUGCAAACGUGAAAAACGCCAGCGGAAUGACGGCUCUCCACAUGCUAGUUGAACAGCGCACCAAACAGGGCUUGGAGGACGUAGCGCGGAUGUUGCUUCGUUACGGCAUGGACAUCGACGCCAGAGCCAACAACGGAAAGACCGCUUUGGAAGUUUCUGUUGAAGGCGGCUCAGACACCAUCGGUGAACAUCGUCCGUACUAUUACAACGAGAAAGUCGUCAGGUUGCUGUUGGAAAACGGGGCAGACACCUCCAGAAUCGCAUCGCCGGAGUCUGGACCGCUUCGCGACUUGGUCGAUAAAAUUUUCAAGGAAACUGGUCGAACCUUCGAGUUCCGCACUUGA